AUGGGCACCGGCAAGAAGGAGAAGACGCGGCGUGCCCGUGAGGGCAAAGGCCCCGGCUCUGGCGACGGCAUGAAUAAUGUCAAGACGAAGGGCGAGAACUUCUACCGGAGCGCGAAAAAAGUGAAGACUCUGAACAUGUUCAAGUCUGGCGAUCCCACUCGAAAUGCGCGAGGAGACAUCGUUCAGGCCGCUGCAUACCAAUCGACCAAAACGGCACCAGCUCGAGUGGAGCCAAACCGGAAGUGGUUUACGAACACGAGAGUGAUCAGUCAGGAUGCGCUGAGCGCUUUUCGAGGGGCGGUGGAGGCGCAGAGCAAAGAUCCCUACUCUUACCUGCUUAAACGGAACAAGCUGCCGAUGAGCUUGAUCAACGAUGGCAAGGACAAAGAGAGGAAGGAUGGGCUGGUUCAACAUCAGGCGAAGAUUCGGAUCGAGACUGAGAAGUUUGGCGACACGUUCGGUCCUAAAGCGCAAAGAAAGAGGCCCCGAUUAGCCGUCAGCUCGGUAGAAGAUUUUGCCGGCCGGACACAACAGGACUACGACCAGUAUAAGGAGAAGAGACUCGAAGAUGUGCGCCUGUCCGGCGCUGUGGGCAAUGAGGACGAGCAGAAUCGAGUUGAGGAGGUCGACGACGGCGAGAUCACCACAGCCCGGGAAGCUGUCUUCUCCAAAGGCCAGAGCAAACGAAUAUGGAACGAACUCUACAAGGUCAUUGACAGCUCCGAUGUUGUCAUCCACGUCCUUGAUGCUCGGGAUCCGCUUGGAACAAGAUGUCGGAGCGUUGAGAAGUACAUUCGGGAAGAGGCACCACAUAAGCACCUGCUGUUCUUGCUGAACAAGUGCGACUUGGUGCCUACAAGCGUUGCGGCUCGAUGGGUCAAGAUUCUCAGCAGAGAUCAUCCAACACUGGCGUUCCAUGCAUCCUUAACCAACUCCUUCGGCAAAGGCACGCUCAUCAGUACACUACGACAGUUUUCCUCACUCCACAGCAGCCGGAAGCAAAUCUCGGUUGGCUUCAUCGGCUACCCCAACACCGGCAAAUCCUCCAUCAUCAAUACUCUCCGCAAGAAGAAAGUCUGCACCACAGCACCUAUUCCCGGUGAGACGAAAGUAUGGCAAUACAUCACCCUCAUGAAACGCAUCUACCUCAUCGACUGUCCCGGCAUCGUACCUCCCAGCAUGGGCGACACACCCGAAGACAUUCUUUUGAGAGGUGUUGUGCGAGUCGAGAACGUCGAGAAUCCUGCCCAGUACAUCCCAGCCGUGCUGGCUCGGUGUCAAGCGAAGCAUUUGGAACGAACAUACGACAUCAAGCUCUCCCCUGCCUCUACCUUGCUCACCGCUUCUGCUGCCGAAGACGUCGACAACACCGUCGGCACGCCUGCGACCGACAAGGAGCGGACGGCAGAAGCCAUCCGCUUCCUCGAUACCCUCGCGAGAAAAGGUGGCCGCCUACUGAAGGGUGGUGAGGCCGAUCUAGAUGGCGUGGCGAAGAUGGUGCUGAACGACUUCUUGCGGGGCAAGGUGCCGUGGUUUGUCCCUCCCCCGACGGCGCCGGGUGACGAGGUUGUGCUUGUCCCUAAAGAUGGCGAGAGUAGAGAUGAGAUGCUUGGUAUCACGCAUGGGAAGAGGAAGCGUGAGGCGGAGGAUACGGGCACGGAGGCAAAUGAUGAGGUUGAGGUUGUUGAAGACGAGGACGACGAUGAUGAUGACGAUGAGGAUGCUGAAGAUGGCUUUGAAGGCUUUGGCGAAGAUGAUGACGAUGAUGAGGACAGUGCCUCUGAAGAUGGUGUGGAGGAUGUGGCUGGAGGCGUCGAGCUCGUUGAUGAGGAUAGCGAUGAUGAUGUCGACGAGUAG